AUGGGGCUGUUUCUGGCGAUCGUGGUGCUGCUGUGCGAUAGGGUGGUGCCGACGAGGAAGCUGGUGGCGUUUGAGGCGCUGCAUUGGCGGAGGGGGUGGCCGGAGGGCACUGCGGGCAAGAUCAUGCGGAGCGACGCGGUGGGGUUUGUGCAGCUGGUGCGCGAGAUCUACCUGCCAGGGCAGCCGCCCAUGCCCGAUGAGGACAAGGGCGGCGAGGAGGGCAUGCCGGACAUGGGGCUGGAGCGGUUUGAGACCCUCGUGGAUGAUUAUUUCCCCAUUCUCUACACCCUACGCAAGCUGGAGGCUUACGAUCGUACCCGACACCUGGGCAUGUCGUGCGACGUGUGUCGAUACGCCAUAGUCGAGCUGCGCUACCGCGAGACCAAGUCGUGUUUCGACCUCUAUGCCACGUGCUACAGCGAGAGGAAAGCCCAUGCCAAGCAUGCAGGCCCCUCUCUACUGUCGUCACGUAACCGUGUGUUCACUUUUGCCGAGUACGUGACCGGGACGGAUAAGGUGAGGGAGAAGUUUGGGCUGCAUGGAAGGACGUUGGCUAAGACACCAACAACGAGAGGAGGGGCCACGGCAGGAGCAAGAGGAAUGGCAGGAGGAGUGGGAGGAGUGGAAGCAGGUGGUGGUGCUGGGGUGAGUGGGGGAGGUCAAGCGGAGGCGUCACCAGAUGCAGAGGCUUGA